AUGCUCCUUUCCAGAAGGUUCGGCAGGUUGCUACCCAGACUGUGGCACAGGCGGAACUUCUGCAAAGCUACGGAGCCGAAAGAUUCAGAUGCAAAGAGGAGCCAGCAGCUGUGGGAUAUUCUGGUGCCAGAGCGCAACUGGGAUUUCAGAAGCCCCUUCAUUCCCACCAUGAUUUUGGCGAUCGCCGUUCUACAGUACAUGAUCAGUCUGAAGAAAGUGGAUGUCGCAGAGCGCGAACUGGAAGAAUCCAAACAUUUGCUCGAAGAGAAGAGAGCUCGGCGCGCCGCACAGGAAGCGGCGUUGGAGGAGAAAGUGGCUUAG